AGUUUCAUUUUUAGUUCCUGCUCAUCCACCAACCAUGAGUGACCCAACAAGUGACCAACUCCAGAAACUGAUUUCUGAGAUGAAAAUACGGAGAUUGAGGCUGUUAACAGUUUCAUUUUUAGUUCCUGUUCAUCCACCAACCAUGAGUGACCCAACAAGUGACCAACUCCAGAAAAUGGUUUCUGUGAUGAAAAUACAGAGUUUGACGCAGUUAACAGUUUCAUGUUUCGUUCGUGUUCAUCCACCAACCAUGAGAGACCCAACAAGUGACCAACUCCAGAGAAUGGUUUCUCUAAACCUGAAAAUACAGAGUUUGACACAGCGGCACAUCUACAGAGAUGUUCAAUAUUCACAAAGAACAAGGAUCUCCGAAGAAAAGAACCGACUGAUGAAGCUCGCAGAGAGAAAUUGUUCAAAUCCAGUCGUUUUGAAGUGGCUGAGAGAAAACUCCUUCACCAAGCUGGUGGAGAUGUUCAACUUCUUUAAAAAGCACAUAGAUGAGGAAGAGAAGAAGAACCACAGUGACACUGUGGACAUCACUUUUGUGGCACAUGGAGCAAUCAGAGACUUCAUGAUCCCAGCCAGCUGUCUGCUGCCUCUGGCCUCCAUCAGAGACGUGGUUCUUUAUGCUCCCUGGAACUGUAUCACCAGUGGUUUAGCAUAUGCCAUCGCCACAGGACGACUGAAACCUCAGCACAGAGUCUUCUGCAGCUACAAGAAGGGUGUAUGUUCAGUUCCUGAUGAAAAACAUCGACCUGUGAAACUACCGGACCGCUGGAACUCAAUGAGACAGGCUGGAGACCAGAUGAUCCCAAACAUCACAGUUAGUCCUCUAAGUCCAGACGAUGGUGUUUGGAAGAACUUUGAGUCUCUCACUAAACAACAUGGCCCUGUUGGGAGAAACCGGAUCGUCAUUCCCUUCAUUCUCCCAGGAAAAGAAUCAGACAGCGUCCCGUUCUCUGUGGUCACCUUGGCCCUGUCUCUGGUUCUGCUGCAGUCCAGGUUCAAAGCCACCGUCCACCUGAACGCCUGUCUGAGAGACCACUCUAUUGGACAGAAGUUUGACAGAAAAUAUCUGGAGAGGCAGUACGCCUGUGCUCCUGAUGAUACUCUAAUGGAAGGUUCUAGUGACAUCUUCAGGGUAGCAUAGAUAGAAAAGAUUAUGAAUAUGUUAU